AUGGUUACCGUACCAACCUUUCGCAAGGUGAAAGAAGCUUCGUUGGACGAAAAAAAGUCAAACGAUAGCGUCAAGGUUAUUUCGUCCGUCGAGGACGAGAGAGGCCUUGUUGAACCUCUAGACGAGAAGCGGUUAUCGUCGCUAGAUGUUUCCGAAAUUGGGGAAGUCUACGCCGAUGGUCCGCGACUCAUCGAUCUGGGACCAGAUGGCAAGGAAAGGCCUAUCCAAACCGACUCGGACUAUGCCCUCCGUCUGCUCUCCCUAGAGGAUGAUCCGACGUUGCCGAUCUUCACGUUCAGAAUGUGGCUCCUUUCCCUCGGUCUGUCGUGUUUCGGUGCCGUCUUGGGACAGAUAUUCUACUUCCGUCCGCAAACAAUAUACGUGAGCUCGCUGUUCUUGCAAAUUAUCUCGUAUAUUCUUGGUCGGUUCAUGGAGCAGACAAUACCUGGACCAGGAACCACGUUCUGGCGUUUUGGCACCCUUCCAAAUAAUUGGUUCUGGCGGUUCCUGAAUCCGGGCAAAUUCAACCUGAAAGAACAUGUUGCGAUUACUAUUAUGUCUUCAACGGCCUCCAACAGUGCUCUGGCUAUCAGCAUCUUCGCUGCGCAAGACCUGUACUACAAUGUCCGGCCCAAUGCCGCUGUAGGGAUUUUUACUCUUAUUAGUUCGCAGCUCAUCGGAUACGGCAUGGCGGGAAUUAUGCGCAUGCUUCUUGUGUAUCCGACCUUCGCCAUCUAUCCCAUGGUAAUUCCGACAGCCCAGCUGUUUGAUGUACUCCAUCGUGGCCAAGAAGCCGUGAUGCAAAAGAAGAGGCUGCGCUUCUUCUGGCUUUUGUUCUUCGGUAUAUUUGUAUGGGAGUGGUUCCCCGAGUAUAUUGCUCCAACGCUGACCGGAGUAUCCAUCUUCUGUCUUGCCAUACAAGAUAGUGCAUGGGUUACCCGUAUAUUCGGAGGUGCGGCAGGCAACGAGGGACUCGGUGCAUUCUCGCUGUGCUUCGAUUGGGUGUACGUUGGAUCGGGCGGAGGUGAUAUCGGAUCGCUCUUCACACCCUUAUCUACACAGCUCUCACUCUACGCCGGAUGUGCCGUCUGUAUGAUCGCGUUCUGCGCUUGUUAUGCUGCCAAUACGUGGCACACGCAGAACUUCCCAUUCUUAACGCAGCUGCUCUUCUUCGAGAACGGGACGGAGUACGACCAGUUGGCUAUUCUCAAUGACGAUUUCACGCUCAACGAGGAAAAGCUCCGGGCUGUUGGACUCCCGUGGUAUGCGGCGUCUCAGCUCUUGUACAAAAUUAGUCGGACGAUGUAUAUCGGAGCGGCCAUCACUCAUUUCUUCCUGUGGCACUUCAAGACCCUCUAUAAGAUUCUGCAAGAUUCUGCUACAAAAGAAUGUGAAGAUCCACACUACCGCAGGAUGAAAAUCUACAAAGAAAUGUCAAACUGGUGGUAUCUGGCGAUCUUCGUCGCGUGUUUUGGUAUGGCGAUCGGAACGACUUAUGGUGCUAAUUCUGGUUUGCCUUGGUGGGGUACGAUUGUGGCAUUGAUUUUUGGAUGGAUGUUCGUGCCCAUCAUUGGGACGUUGUACUGCACCGUCGGGUAUGCACCGUCUAUUGAGAACAUGGUGCAGAUGCUCGGGGGAGCUGUUAUUCCCGGCAAACCUGUGGCCAAUAUGUAUUUCACCCUAUACGGGUACAACUGUGUUACUCAGGCGAACUACCUGAUGAAGGAUUUGAAGCUGGGCCAAUACACAAAACUCCCUCCCCGUGUCACGUUCACGGUACAAACAAUUGGCACCGUCAUCGGGGGCCUGCUCAACUUUGUCAUCAUGAGAACCGUGGUGACGUCCCAUAGGGAUAUCUUAAAGGAUGUUCAGGGCUCUAACGUUUGGUCGGGCCAGCAGGUUCAAUCAUACAACAGUGAUGCCAUUGCUUGGGGUGCCCUGGGUAAACCUCUGUACGCGACAGGAACGAGAUACGGGUUCGUGCCGUACAUGCUCUUAGCCGGUCUCGGAUUCCCCAUUCCGUUCUGGUUGCUGCACAAGAGGUACCCCAAGUUUGGAUUCGACAAAGUCUUCACACCUAUUUUUGUCGCUGAACUGGGAUAUCUGAGCGUGGGCAUCAAUUCGAGUGUCUUUACUUCCUUUGUUCUCGCUUUGUUUUCCCAGUAUUAUUUGAGGAAAUAUCGUGCGACGUGGUUCAGGAAGUAUAACUUCCUGAUGAGUGCUGCACUGGAUGGAGGAACCGCUAUUAUGAUUUUCGUAUGGACGUUUGCUGUUGGUGGGGGUAGUGGAAAGUCGGUGGCUUUUCCAACAUGGGCUUUGAAUCCUGCUGGAAACCCGGAUCACUGCAAACGACUGAGUGAUUGA